AACGAGAAAGAAGAAAAUUGCCAUCUUGGUAGAAGAAGAGUGUUUACACGUCAGUCGGUCCGGUUUAGCUGAAAAUUGGAAAAUUUUCAAUUUUCUGUCGGUUUUUCGGGAAAUUUUGACUUCCCAAGUGUGUUUCCUCGGAAGCUAAGGUCGGUGGCCGUCGUUUGAGUAUAAUUUCGGGAGGUGUUGUGGUGAAUCGAGCGCGAGAAUGAACAUUUUCCGAUUGGCCGGUGACUUGGCACAUCUUUUAGCUAUUAUCCUGCUGCUGAUAAAAAUAUGGAAGACGAGGUCGUGCGCUGGCAUCUCCGGCAAGUCGCAGAUUCUGUUCGCCGUGGUCUAUGUCAGUCGCUAUCUGGAUCUAGUGACAACGUACAUUAGCCUGUACAACACGAUGAUGAAGCUGGUGUUCAUCUCCUCAUCGUUUGCCACCCUCUACAUGAUGUACGUCAAGUUCAAGGCGACCUACGACCACAAUCACGAUUCAUUCCGUAUUGAGUUCCUGCUGUUGCCGUGCUUCGUACUGUCCCUACUGAUCAAUGCUAGCUUCACUCCGCUGGAAGUGCUGUGGACAUUCUCGAUCUACCUGGAAGCGGUGGCCAUCUUGCCGCAGUUGUUCCUCGUCAGCAAAACGGGCGAAGCGGAAAGUAUUACCAGUCAUUACCUGUUCGCUUUGGGUUCGUACCGUGCACUGUAUAUUCUCAACUGGAUCUACCGGUACUACACCGAGGGACACUAUGAUCUGAUUGCGAUUUUCGCCGGAGCUAUCCAAACGAUCCUGUACUGCGAUUUCUUCUACCUCUAUAUCACCAAGGUGUUGAAGGGUAAAAAGCUACAGCUUCCGGCGUAAAUUGGCUGAUUGGUGAGCGGUCCUAUAGGAGCUGAGGUAGGACGAAGACUUUUCUCUAAUAACCAACAUUCGUUUAAGUAAUGUAUUCUCCACCAUUUCCGCAAAAUAAACAAAAAAGGAAAUUUGAUUACAACAACAAGAAACCAACAUUCACUGGAAGGCAUUAGAAUUUAAUCUUAAAGCAGAUAGCAGCAUGUCCGCGCAAGAUAGAAUGGUAAAUACAAGAUAAAUGUAAUUGAGCAAAAAAAGCCCGAUAAAUUAGUAGUUUAUAAUUAACUCAUGUGAACUGAAAGAUUGUAAGGCCGAUACAUUUUGUGGGUUGAUUUGUCACGAUGGGGGAAGUCCUUGUGAAGGAAUCGAACUCGGUUUGCUUGGAAGUUUCAAGGCCACAGUGCCAAUGGAAACCAAUGGUAAAUGAAACUUGUCUAUGUUUGUGAAGGAAAACAAUAAAAGCACAGUAUUAUGUGCUUUGUGGGAGAAUAAAAUAAGUAUUUAACAACAUUUUCAUGAAAACUAGUGAGGAAAGUUGUCCACGCUGAUUCAAUACAUACGAAAAUAUGUGGAUGAAAAUUAUCAAUGGCAUUUUCCUGAACAAUGUAGACGAAGGCGAAAUUCGAUUGAACUUUUAUUAAUUUUCGUUUUUUUUUCAAGAUCCUAAAAUAUUUUACCAAAUUUUACUGGAUUUUAUUUAGCCUUUGUAGAAGAACUUAAAUUUAAUCUUUUUAAUCGACUAAAAACUUUUUAUUUAUUUAUCAAUGCCUUCAAAAGUGUUCCAAUAAAUUUUCUAUAAUUUUCCGCGCAAACCAUUUUUUUUUUUAAUUUAAUGAAGCACUAAUAAGCAGUCAUUGAACUUCUGCUUUACAACGCGGUUUCCGUUUCAAUCCUGGAGGUAAGCUUAAUCCUCUAGAAAGAGCCAUUAUUAUUUUUCGAGUGCUCUUCUCGCUUAGUUCGUUGCAAUUUAGACAAAGCAAACAACAAAACAAGUUAAAUAAAAUAGUAAGUAGUAGGCAAACAAGCCAACAAACAAACAAUUCACUCUAUCGAUUCAAGCCAAAACAGUUGACGAUCCGGCUACCGUACGGGGCACAAGCUAUGGCAGAAAGUGGUAAAUUUAAAGAAAAUCCAAAAUCAAAGUAUAGUUAUUUUAAACUUUUUCUAACUUAAUGUUUUUUGUUUAAAAGAUUUUCUAUAGCAAUUCGUUUUAUUCGUUUCAACGUACUAUAAGGUCGUGUGUGCAUAAAUUCAUCAUACGCAAUCAGCAGAAAGUAAGCAUACAUACGGCUCUGUAUGGAAUGAUUUUAAGGUUCUACUUUUUUCUGUUCUGAUAAUCGCUAUGGUAAGAAAAAACAUGGAAAAAAUGUUUAAACUAAGCAAAAUCCCUAUAUUCUUCUAUUUCAUAAAAUUUAAUAUUUUACUGCUACUGUAAUUCAUACGAGAACAAGGUAAUGAUAAUGAGGUAAUACAAAUAAAGAAUGAAAAACCACUAAGAUGGG